ACAAUGAAUCUUAUCAUACUGAGAACACUGGAAAUUAUUUUAAGUGUGGAAUUCAUAAUUGGAAAUUUAGGAAAUGCAUUCAUAGCACUGGUGAGCUGCAUGGACUGGAUCAAGAGAAGAAAGAUCUCUUUAGCUGACCAAAUCCUCACUGCUUUGGCACUUUCCAGAACUGGUGUACUCUGGUCAAUAAUCAUAGCUCUAGUGAUAUCUUUGCAGAACCAAGAUUUGUGGAUGACUGAACAAAUCAUAAGAAUGAUUAAUCUUACUUGGAUGGUGACCAACCAUUUUAGCCUCUGGCUUGCCUCAAGUCUGGGCAUCUUGUAUUUUCUCAAGAUAGCUAAUUUUUCUAACUCUGCUUUUCUUUACCUAAAGUGGAGAGUUAAAAAGGUGGUGUCAAUGACCCUGCUGGUGUCUCUGGUCCUUCUGUUUUUAAACAUUGUAUUUAUAAACACACAAAUUGAUGCCUGGAUUGGUGGAUAUAAAGGAAACCUGUCUUACAGUUUCUGUUCGAGGAAGUUUGAACAACUUUCUAGGAUUAGUGUAAUCAUCAACACUGUUUUCCUUUCCGCACCUUUCACCGUGUCCCUGAUCACUUUUCUCCUGCUAAUCUUCUCUCUGUGGAAACAUCUGAAGAGGAUGCAGCACAGUGACAAAGGAUCCAGAGAUGUCAGCACUAUGGCUCAUGUGAAAGCCUUGCAAACUGUGAUCGUCUUUCUGUUACUGUACGCCAUUUACUUUCUGUCUCUUGUGCAAUUUUGGGUCUCUCAGUUUGUGGCAAAAAGUGUGAUUGUUUUGUUUUGUUUGGCUGCUGGAAUAGUUUUCCCUUCAGGUCACCCAUUUGUCCUGAUUCUGGGAAAUAGUAAACUGAGGCAGGCUUCUCUGUCAGUGCUGGGGCGACUGAAGUGCAGGUUCAAAGAUGUGGACCCCUAA